CCCCCCCUGGGGGUGAGGCCUGUGGCUUCCCCACCUCGCGGCGACCAAUCUCUUUCUGGACGCGCGCCGGCCACCGCUGGGCGACGGCGGAGGAGGGGAACACAGCAGCCCGUCGGCCAGCUCCGACCUCCCGGGGCUUCUGGGUCUAAGGAGUUUGGGGGGCGAAGACCCCUCGAGGCUCCUCUGGGGUCCCUAUUUGUGACGGUGAAAGUGGGGUGGGCCGACGUCAAAGCUUCAGAAGUGGGACCGUCUCCCUUCAGCAGCUCCUCCUGACUUAGUAAUUCAGCCCCUCUUCUCGCUGCAGGUCACACAGACAAAAUCUGAAGCAGGUUUGCCAGGGGAGCGUACCCGUCUCCCCGGCUUGGGCCACCCGGUCCACAGGGAUCCCAAUCCCAUCCAGGCGCUGCAGAUGUGUUCUGCAGGCUGCAGGGACGCGCUGGUAGGAAUCCCCGGGCCAGGCGACGGGGUCCCCGCGGCCCUGCAGCGCCUGGAGCGCUGGCCCAGCUCACUCACCCAACUUUUCCGGCUUCAGGUGGUGGCUAGACCGGCGGAGGAGGCGGGAGCGCAUUGUUCCGAGGGCCUGUGGCCUCUUCCCCCGCAGGUGUCGCCAAGAGUGACCUCCACACGAGUGAGCCCAGGGAAGCCUCUGGUGCUGACUGCGUGGGGGCUGGAGCUGGAGAUGGCCUGGGUAGAGCCAGCCUGGGCUGCCCACUGGCUGAUGAGGAGGUGGAGGAGGAAGCAGAGGAAGAGGACGGCAUGGAUCUACCAUGACAGCCUUUUGGGGCCCCCUCCCUGUAUGCCAACCCUGGGUAGAGGGAGGCUGUGCCGGAGAGGGUGUGUGCAGGCCCUGGCUCUGGCCUUUGCUCUGCGGACCUGGCGGCCCCCUGGCACAGAGGUGACAUCUCAAGGGCCCAGGCAGCCCUCUCCCAGUGGUGCCAAGAGGCGGAGGCUGCGGGCUGCCCUUGUUCCCCAGCCGACUCGCUCAGCCCUGAGGUUUCCCUCUGCUUCCCCAGGGAGCUUGAAGGCCAAGCAGCCCAUGCUGGGAAUCCGUGGUAGGGAGAGUAAUGCCCCAUCUGCACCCACUGCCUCCCUGCUGCCCGGGGCACCUGGAGGCAAUGCCAGCUCCAGGACAGAGGUUCAUGUGCCCAGCGGGCAAGACAGCCCAGGGGGCUGUGUCUGUUCAAGUCAGGCUUCCCCGGCCCCCCGCGCGGCAGCGCCUCCACGGGCAGCUCGGGUCCCCACCCCACGCACGGAAGAGGCCGCCUGGGCCGCCAUGGCCCUGACCUUCCUGCUGGUGCUGCUCACCCUGGCCACGCUCUGCACACGGCUGCACCGAAACUUCCGACGCGGGGAGAGCAUCUACUGGGGGCCCACAGCGGACAGCCAGGACACAGUGGCUGCUGUGCUGAAGCGGAGGCUGCUGCUGCCCUCGCGACGGGUCAAGCGCUCCCGCCGGAGACCCCUCCUUCCGCCCACGCCGGACAGCGGCCCGGAAGGUGAGAGCUCGGAGUGACGGCCUGGGUCCUGCCACUGUAGCGUGCGGCUCCUCCCCGCGCCGCGAGGCCGCGACCUCUGCCACGUGGACCGGGCGCGGGGCGCCCCCUGGUGGCGACGGUGCGGCCCCGGCCGAGCACCGCGGAGGCUUUCCUCCUCCGCGUUCCUCGGCGUUGGUGGCUGAGUGAGCGGCGGCAGAGAAAAGGAGCCGCUUCUGCCUCCCUUGCCAAAACUCCGUUUCUAAAUAAAUUAUUUUCAGUAGA